CCACCUUUCAGGAGAGGCUGUUCUCUGACAGCGAGGCUGGGCUGGCUCUCUGCCUCGAUCCCAGCGAGAAACACUGCCUGCCAGAGGAGUGACACAAGAAGAAGAAUCUGUGUUUCCAAGAGGUCAACAGCAUGGACAAGAAACUGGAUCGGCCAGAAGCAAAAGACAACCUGCCCUCCUUGGAUAAACCCCCCGAAUCACACCCACUGAAAAGAAUCUUUCUCUGCGUUUCACAGCUAAAGAUGUUCCUUGGGGCACUAGCCUUUUCCUAUUUUGCCAAAGGAUUUUCAGGAAGCUACAUGAAGAGUAUUACGACACAGAUUGAGAGGAGGUUUGAAGUCUCAACAUCUGUGGUUGGACUGAUUGAUGGGAGCUUUGAGAUAGGGAACUUACUGGUCAUGAUACUGGUGAGCUACCUUGGCCCAAAGGUUCACCGUCCAAAGGUCAUUGCGAUUGGGUGCCUCAUCAUGUCCUUCGGAGCAUUUCUAUCAGUGAUCCCUCACUUUAUAAUGGGACAGUACAAUUACAAGAGCAUUGCUCUCUCUAUGUUCAAUACUUCUACCAGUAUAUCUGCCUGCUCUUCAGCACGUCCUCCUCCUCCUCACCAUGCAAUAGAUGAUGCAGGAACAUCUGGAAACUCAACCACUCUUGGAUGUGAAAAAGUCACCAGCUCCUACCUGUGGCUGUUUGUGCUUGCUGGAAACCUUUUACGUGGAAUUGGUGAAUCACCCAUUAUGCCCCUGGGGAUGUCUUAUAUUGAUGACUUUGCCACAGAAGAAAACUCAGCCUUUUACAUAGGAACUGUCCGAUCAUGUGGGAUGUUUGGACCAACACUUGGCUUUCUCCUGGGAGCCUUUUGUGCUAGUCUGUGGGUUGAUAUUGGACUGGUAGAUGUUGAUACGUUGAUAAUCAAUUCUAAAGAUGUCCGUUGGGUUGGUGCCUGGUGGCUUGGAUUUUUGAUAUGUGGAGCAGUCAGCAUUAUGGCUUCCUUGCCUUUCUGGUUCCUGCCAUCCACUUUGCCAAAACAAGGAGAAGAAGGUGUCGUUAAGAGGUCAAGUGAAGUAAAUGGAAUCGCUAAAGAGAAAAAUGGCAAAAUGGAGACUCCAAAGCAAACACAGCUGAAGGUCUCAGGGGCGGUCACAGAGUUCUUCCUCGCCUUGAAAAAGCUACUUGGAAACAUCAUCUUCUUGGUCUUUUUGCUCAUCAAUAUCCUACAGUAUAAUUCUAUGGUUGGCCUGAUAACUUAUGAGUCAAAGUUUAUGGAGCAGCAGUUUAACGUCUCUGUUUCAAAGGCCAUAUUUCUGAUUGGUGUGAUAAUUCUACCCAUUACAAUUGUGGGGAUGUUCCUGGGAGGCUUGCUUGUCAAGAAGUUCAAGCUAAACAUAAUGGGAAUGGCAAAGUUUGCAUGUAUCACCUUUUUGACAGCCUACGUGUUAAACUGGGUUUACUUUGUGUGCAACUGCGAGGUGCUCCAGGUAGCUGGUUUGACUGUCAACUACUCAGGCAUAAGAGAACCAUCCUUCGUGAAAGAAAAAUGGUGGUCGACUUGUAACUCCGACUGUGGCUGUGAAGCAAACCAUUGGGACCCUGUUUGCGGAGACAAUGGAAUCACCUAUAUGAGUGCAUGUUUAGCUGGGUGCAAAGCUUCAGUAGGAACUGGGAAAGAUAUGGUUUUUCAUAAUUGCAGCUGUGUGGGAGCAGCAGGCCCUGCCAAUCUCUCGGCAGUGUUGGGCCAAUGUCCAAGGGACCAUUGUGCUAAAGCAUUCCCUUAUUUUGUAACUUUGUUGUCAAUCUGUGCCUUUAUUAUAUGUUUGGGAGCAACGCCCAUGUACAUGGUUUUAUUCAGAUCUGUUUCCCCAGACUUAAAAUCCUUUGCUGUUGGAAUUGAAACGUUGUGUGGAAGGAUACUUGGGGGACUUCCAGCACCUAUUUAUUUUGGAGCAUUGAUUGAUAAAACCUGCUUGAAAUGGGGUACGAAAACCUGUGGUGGAUCAGGGUCUUGCAGAGUGUAUGACACUGUGGCAUUCAGAAAUAUCUACCUUGGACUCAUUUUGGCACUGAGAGCUGGAUGCUGCUUCCUAUACAUUGUUCUCUUCAUUUUAAUUAGGAAGCAAUUCAAACAAGAUAAGGAGAUGAAUGCUACCAAAAGCAUUGAUGGGCCUCCCAUAAAGUUACCAGUAAGUGACAAAAAUAAAGGAGAGCCCUCUUGCAUGGAGAUGACAGUACAUGAAGACACUUACUUUUAAAAAAGAACAUUAACUUGGACAUUUGCACAUAUGGAUGCUGUGUGUGCACUCAGGCUGGGAGCAGCUUGCUGUGCAAGAAAUUCCCUGCACUGAGCAUGGAGUUGGACUAGAAGACUUCCAAGGACCUUUCCAACUCUUUAAAAAAAAAAAAGACAUUCCAAACCCCAUCAAACAUCUGGGACUAAAUACACACAGCCCUGGUUGGGUAAUUGGUGAAAGCACCAAUCACCUGUUCUGGAACAGGAGGAAGAAAGGAGGACCAUAACCCAACUUCCUGAUCUUUCCUGAAACCCAACAGAUCAGGGGCGUAACUACCAUUAGGCAAGGGGAAGCAGUCGUCUUGGGGCCCCACUGCCUCGAGGGGCCCCCCAGAGACACAUCACAUGACUCCCCACCCACCCAUGUUGCACCUCUAUGAAUUAUGUUGAGUCUUUUGGAGAUCGGCAGGAGCAGAGAGUAAAAAAACAAGAUUCAAUGUGAACUAGAUAUUCACCAUAUUAAUAAUGGGGAUGUGAGUGUGAGUGCACUAUAUAUUGUGAAGUGUGUUUGUGUGUGUAUAUAAGCGAGGGGCCCAUUCUAAAAUCUUGUCUCUGGGCCCCCUCCAACCUUGCUACGCCCCUGCAACAGAUGAUCGGUGCUCUUACCAAUCUCAUCAUAUUGGGUAUAUGUGCAGCUAUUGGAUGGGACUAGAGAACCAGGGAACCAAAAAUACAAGAUAUUUUUUGUGUACAGUUCCUUGUCCCACUAAGCAUAUGCAUACAGAAGCUGGACCGGAGCAAUGUGUUUUGAAACACAGAAGAAGGACAAAUAUAAGGCAUUUACAUUCCUCAGAAUGUUUGGAGGUUCACCCCCACAAUAAAGAAGGGGAAAGUAUCAUG